GACUAACUCCUUUGCAAAUUGCGAACUCUCCAUUGUCUAUUUCUGUUUUGUCUUUCACACAUGUCCUGGCUUUGAGAGUGAAAGAACCCUGCUGUGCUGAUCUUGCUGUAACAUGGGUUGGACCCUUGGAAAGCAAGGACAUUGUGGUAAUAUGAAUCUGACUGAAGAUGGUUCCCAGAGUGCCUGCUAAGGUAGUUAUGUAUUGUCCAUAUUGUGGACUUGAAUUGGUUGGAUAUAUUGGAUGCUUUUGUGGUUCCUGUGGUAGCAACAUUAGAUUUCUGGCACCUUUUCUACAGAAUGGCCCAGAAACAGUGUCAGCCGAACUCACAGAGGCAGACCUUAUCCAUAAAUAUUUCUCAGAGGGCCACACAUAUGAAUUGAUCCUUGAUUUUCUUGGAACAAAGCAUAAUAUUUUCCUGAGUCUGAGCACCUUAAAGAGAAGGCUUAGGAAUGCAGGCCUAACAAGGAGGACAGAGUAUACUCCCAUUGACACUGUGAAUGCCGCUAUUACACAUGAACUGACAGGCUCAGGUCAGCUUUUGGGUUACAGAGCUCUGUGGCAGACAUCGCGACAGAAGUAUUUCCUGACAGUUAAAAGGGAUGAUGUAAUGCAUACAAUGACUGGAUCCUGUAAUGCAUACAAAGACUGGAUCCAUCUGGAGUUCAACUUUGCCAUAGGCACAGAUUUGUCCGAAGAGGAUACAUUACAGCAGGACCAAACCAAGUGUGGCAUGUUGAUGGGUAUGAUAAGCUCAAACCAUUUGGUGUUGCCAUCAGUGGCUGUAUUGAUGGGUUUUCUAGGAAAGUGAUGUGGCUCAGCAGUGGCAGCUCUAAUAACGACCCAGGGAUAAUUGCUCACUCUUACAUGCAGUGUGUAUCAGACUUUGGACUUCCAGCACGCCUUCGCAGCACAGACUGUGGGACAGAAAAUGGCACUAUGGUAGCCAUUCACUGUGCAUUAAGAGCACAGCAUACAGAUGAUUUUGCAGGAGCCCUCAGUCACAUGUAUGGCACCUCAACUGCAAAUCAACGAAUUGAAAGUUGGUGGUCCUUUUUCAGGAAGCAAAGGACCCAGUUCUGGAUUGAGCUCUUCAGUGACCUGAGAGAGAGGCACCUUUUCAAUGGCAGCCAUGAGCAUAAGUGCCUUCUACGGUAUGUCUUCUUGAGCAUCUUGCAGAAGGACUUUGAUGAGUACAGAGAACUUUGGAAUAACCACACCAUCCGACCUGUUUGUCAGUCUCGAUGUCAUUCUGGUAAACCAGAAGCAAUGUAUCACCUGCCUCACAGGUUUGAUGCAAGGGAUUGUGGAUUCCCAGUGUCACAGGAAGUCAUUCAAGAGUUUGAGGACAUUCUACCACCACCGCAGCGCAGUCGUUGUGGUGGCGGUAAUCUCCAAAUUCACUUUGCAGACUUAGAGAGACAGAGUGGGCUGUCUCCACCAGUCAAGUGGAUAAAUGCUGUUGAGAAUUACAUAACACUCAAAAAUAUGUCUGGACUAUAAAAUCAUUAGUUUCUGAUUCUGUGAUAUGAUUAUUUGUGUUACACAUGCACAUGUUACUGAUGCCAUUACAGAGUUAAGUCUUCUCAUAAUCUACUGGGUAGCUUGAUCUGCUAUUUGCAAAGAACAUUUAUGCUUCCAGGAGGGUAUUGAUUCUGGAGAUCCUGUGAACAGCCUUCACAUACUUUAAAAGCACAGUAUUUGUUAUAUAAUCCCUAUUUUACUCAUCUAGACAGUAUAGUGUAACUAAUUAACUGUUGACUGGGUAGAUACUUGUGCAGAAGUCAGAUUUUUUAAUUUUAUAACUUUGUCAUUUCUAAAUGAAGUACAUCCAACAGCUUUAUACAUUUUAAACAACUUUAUUUGUUCGCUGCAUGUUUACACCAAUGUUUUUCUGAACAUCAGUGAGUGAAGCUCUGUGUAUAACACAAAAUCUUAAGUUUUGG